UAAAAUCUCCCAAGAUGGCUGCUUUCGUCUGACGUUUCUUAACUUUCUUGCAAAGUUUUUACAUUUGCAAGAUUCCAUCAAAGAACAUAGGAAGCCACUUCUGAGUUCAGUUUCGUUUCUUUUUCGAAUCUAAUUUAGUAAAGAUUGAUCAACACCAGGUUAACUGUCAAAAGACAAUUUAGAUUAAAAAACCAACCAAACAUCCACGAUGGCUGACGAUCCAGGACACAAAGCUAUGUUGUACUUCUUGGAGAUUCUCAUGCACAGCAAUGCUCCGUUGACCAUCAGUCAGCUGGCCGGUCGCUUUGGUAGUCGUAACUUUACAGCCGAAAUGAGACAGUCUGCUGGGGGAAAUGAAACUGGACUGAAGAAGUUCCUUCAGAAAUAUCCGUCCCUGUUCAGUGUAAACGGAAACUUAAUAAGUCUUAAUGACGGAACUGCCAACCUUGGGAGAAAUUUUCGAGAAAACAGCCCUGCAUCAACAUCAUCAGGUCCGAGUGCACCGGAGGUUUCAACAGAGACCGAAGCCGUGCAAUUUUUUCGAGCGAAACUGCUGAAGAGGGGUGAAAAAUGGAUGCCUAUCAAAAGCCUGGCUGGACAUCUUUCUCAGGCACCUUUGGAAAUCAGAGAAUGUGUAGGACCCCAGAACGAAUUUCGAGAAUGGCUUUUGAGGCAUCCAUUGAUAUUCGAGUUGAAAGGCGAUAAUGCUUGUUUAAAAGACAACAUCACAUACAGUGCUGUGAAUCCCAACUCCGAGCCUUUAGAGGAUAUGAACUUUAACAACAGGUACAGUGCAAAUUUGUCAUAUCUGGAAAAAGACAUGUAUCCUUCACAGCACACGCCCAAGCUAAAACGGAGGCCAAAGUCUCUUGAAGUGUUUGAGCCCAAAUCUCCCGUCAUGUCACCUCGAUCCCCUAUGAAGCAGUUGCCAACACCAAGUCCUCGAACAGGACCGACCACCAUGACCGCCAACGAGUACAAGGCAGUCAUGUUCAUCAAGAGCAUUAUAGAGAAGAAAGGUGACAUGAAACUGGGAAGUUUGGUCAACCACUUUGGCCAGGCGCCUGAGAGUCUACGAAACACUGUGGGGUGGAGCAAGCAAGAACUACAACACUUUCUUCUUGACCACUCCAAUAUAUUCAUUGUUGGUGAGAACGAGAUGGUAUCUGUGAUUAAAAGUGCUCGUCUCAAUGUCAUCAUUACUGGAAGUCGGCCUCCCGCUAGUCCAAAACCUACCGUCACAAAUCGUAAAGGACGUAUAUAUCACGUUGCGAAAUUGUGGGGUAUUAUUGACUUAGGGAGACACGAGCAUGUCUUUAUUGACAGAUCAAUAUUUGGAAAACACGUUGACGAUCUACACAAGAUAUUGUGUGUGGGGGAGAUGGCCUGUUUUGACGCCAUCCCUGCACCCAAAGGCAGUAGGGCCAGGUGGCGAGCCACAAAGAUCUGGAAGGAACACGAGUCCAUUGAAGAUCUGAUUGAGCGCGUGGCGACCCGUCUACAGCUGCCCAUAGACGGGGUUCCCUAUAAGGAGCCGCCUAGUCCUAUAGCUAACAUUGACGAGGAGAUGAGGGGCAUUAUUCCAGAGCUCAAUGAUGCUAACAUCAAUAUCCCUGUGACGCCAGUCAAUGUGGGCGGUAUAAAGUACGCCUUCACAGACGCAGCUCCUAGUGGGACAGGCGUCGUUCCUGUCUGGAACUUCAAACAUACGGAGCUGGACAGUAUGAAGGAUGUCGACGACCUUGACCUAAGUGAUGACUCUGACAACCAGACAUUAUCCAUGGUCGCAGAGAGAUAUUACAUGAACAGGUCCGUCCUUGGCGAUAGCCCUCGUGAGGACAAAACCACGAAAGAUGUCAAGAAGACAAAAGUCACAAACGGAAUCUCUGAUGAAAAAUCGCCGCCGGCUAAGAAAGGAAUGGUUGAUGCUGGUUGUCAGACGAUUGUGACUGGAGAAGUACUGGCAACACAGCUCUUCCAUGAAGAAAUGUAAAAAGUUCACAAAAUUUGUGAUCUUGCAAUUUUUUAACGUAAAUUUUUAUCACAUUGUGGCAUUUACAUUUACAGUUCAGACUUGUGGGAAGUCAGUAGAUCAUGAUUGGAUUUAGACAUAAGUUAUAAAUUACCUAUCAAAAUGUACAAUAUUCAUAGAUACAUAUAACCAGUUUCUUCAUUCGUGAAUGAUAUUUUAUAUAUAUUGUACAUCUAACUUGUUGAAGGGAAACAUUUGAUAUAUUCAUGGAAAAGUUUGUCAAAAAGUUACAUUUUGUCGUUAAUUUGGCUCCUAUUUUAACGAAAAUGAACUGCUUUUGAUAAUACCAUUGAGAUUACUGUAUUUGACUUCAGCCAUAUAUUACAUUAUAUAUUUGGAUUGAAGUGAUACUUAGAUCAUGGCAGUUACAACUGAAUUCUGGACACCUCAUUAUCACAAAUCCUGAUCUCCAUCGAAGAAACUGUAGUAGUUCUACGUAAUACAAAAAAUAAUGUACCAGUUAAUCUGCUUGUUUUAGCAGUAAUCGUAAUUUGGGUAAUUAAUGAUGAUGCCAUUUGAUAAAUGAAAGCAUUUGAUAAUAAGAUGUCUGGUCAAUACCAAAGUGAAUGCUUACUGCUAAUUAUAGAUUAAAGAGCAGCAGAAAUUCUAUAUCAUAAGAUUAAAGAGCAGCAGAAAUUCUAUAUCAUAAGAUUUUCAAUAUGGUGGACAUAAAC